AUGGGGGAGGGGCUGGUCUGGGCCAAGAACUUGCCAAGAGAGAAGCUGCCAAUUUAGGCCUGGUGGGUGGGGCAUGCCGUGACCCGAUGCCAUGGAGGGAGCCCCGAUCUUGGGCACUGAAGAAAUGCCCUCACGCUCUCCCCAACCCCCACCUGAUCUCCAGCACCCCCCUAUUCCCCAGUAACCCCAGCAGCCUCCCUCAGUCCAGCCAGUGCAGCUUCUGAAUGGAAUGAAGUCAAAGAUGACAUCAGAGGGAUGUGGGGGUGGGUGGGGCUUCUUCCUGGCCAGUCCAAGGCCCUUCCCCAACCUGAGGCUCCCUGUUCCCCCCUGUGGUGGGGGAGAGUCUCCCCUGAGGCCUGGGAGCCCCUCUGAGCCCUCCCCCUUUCUCCACCCCCAGGGGCACACAGAGGAAGUCUCCCCCUCGGGGCUGCCAACCCCUGAAGCACCCCAGGGCGGCCUCGCAGAGAGCCGGAGCCAGAGGAAAUGGCCCCCGCGACCCCGAGGCCCCCCACCCAGGGGUUUAUAACCUUCAAGGAUGUGACUGUGGACUUCACACAGGAGGAGUGGUGCCUGUUGGAGCAUUCUCAGAAAGAGCUGUACAGGGAGGUCAUGCUGGAGAAUGUGCAGAAUCUACUCUCUCUGGAGCUUCCAGUUCCUAGAAAAGAUUUUAUCCCCAGUUUUCAGAGAGGGCAAGUAACUUGGCUGCUAGAACAAAAAGGCUCAAGGAGCUCCUCUCCAGAGACGGAGACUAAUUUUGAAAUGAAGGAGGUGUCUACAAAGCUGAGCUUUUUUGUGGAAGGAUAUGGCCUCCAAAGAUACACAACUGAGGGUCUCUCUGACUUCAUUUUGAGAGAAAUCUGUUACUCUAAUAUCAAGGGAAAUGAAAAUCCAAAGAGUGACUAUGAAAUUGAUGGAACAGCAGAGAAAUUCAGCCAAUAUUCAGUUCUAAAUCAGUAUAUAAAAUUGACUUCAGAAAAUGACUGUUCUCAGGAUAGUGAAUACAGCAAAUGCUUUCCUACAGAACUAGACCUUAUUCAUUUGGCUGAGAAACCUCUUGAAAUGUCCUUGUAUCAAGGUCACCAAGGGGGAAUGACCUUUGGCUCUAGUUUAGACCUCAGUAUACAUCCAAAAACUAAAACUAAACAUGUAGAGAUGGUUUCUGUGAGUAAUAAAGAUGGGAGAUCAUUCAGUCAGAACUCUGAGCUUGAUUCAUAUCAAAUAAUCCAGUGUGUAGAGAAAUCUUAUGAAUGUAAACAAUGUGGAAAGUCUUUUACACGUAGGGACAGCCUUGCCAGUCAUCAAACAAUCCACACUGGAGAGAAACCUUAUAAAUGUAAACUGUGUGAAAAGGCUUUCACACAGAAGAGCAAUCUUGCUGUACAUCAGAGAAUCCACACUGAAGAGAAACCUUAUGAAUGUAAGCACUGUGGAAAGGCUUUCAAACAAAGGAGUGUUCUUGUUGCACAUCAGAGAAUCCACACUGGAGAGAAACCUUAUGAAUGUAAACAGUGUGGAAAGGCUUUUACACGGAGGGACAAUCUUGCUGCACAUCAGAGAAUCCACACUGGAGAGAAACCUUAUGAGUGUAAACAGUGUGGAAAGGCUUUCACACAGAAGGUCCACCUUGCCAUACAUCAGAGAAUCCACACUGGAGAAAAAACUUAUGAAUGUAAACACUGUGAAAAGGCUUUUACACUGAGGGGCCAUCUUGCUAGACAUCAGAGAAUCCACACAGGAGAGAAACCUUUUGAAUGUAAACAAUGUGGAAAGGCUUUUGCAGAGAGGGCUUCUCUUGGUGCACAUCAGAGAAUCCAUACUGGAGAGAAACCUUAUGAAUGCAAACAAUGUGGAAAGGAUUUCAUUCGGAGGGGCCGUCUUGCUGCACAUCAGAGAAUCCAUAUUGGAGAGAAACCUUAUGAAUGUCAGCAAUGUGGAAAGGCUUUUACACUGAGGGACCAUCUUGUUACACAUCAGAGAAUCCACACUGGAGAGAAACCUUAUGAAUGUCAACAAUGUGGAAAGGCUUUCACACUGAGGGGCUAUCUUGCUAGACAUCAGAGAAUCCACACUGGAGAGAAACCUUAUGAAUGUCAACAAUGUGGAAAGGCUUUCAAACAGAGGAGUGAUCUUGUGGCUCAUCAGAGAAUCCAUACUGGAGAGAAACCUUUUGAAUGUAAACACUGUGGAAAGGCUUUCACACGGAAGAGAGACCUUGUUGGGCAUCAGAGAAUCCACACUGGAGAGAAACCUUAUGAAUGUAAGCAGUGUGGCAAGGCUUUUACAGAGACAGGAAAUCUUGCUGCACAUCAGAGAAUCCACACUGGAGAAAAGCCUUAUGAAUGUAAACAGUGUGGAAAGGGUUUCACACUGAGCGGCUAUCUUGCUAGACAUCAGAGAGUCCACACAGGAGAGAAACCUUAUGAAUGUAAAGAAUGUGGAAAGGCUUUUACAGGGAGAGGUAAUCUUGUUGCACAUCAGAGAAUCCACACUGGAGAGAAACCUUAUGAAUGCAAACAUUGUGGAAAGGCUUUCACUCGGAAGAUGGAUCUUGUUCCACAUCAGAGAAUCCACACUGGAGAGAAACCUUAUGAAUGCAAACAUUGUGGAAAGGCUUUUACAGGGAGUGGUAAUCUUGUAGCACAUCAGAGAAUCCACACUGGAGAGAAACCUUAUGAAUGCAAACAGUGUGGAAAGGCUUUCACACACAGGCGUUCUCUUACUGCACAUCUUAGCAUCCACACUGCAUUGAAACCUCAUGAAUGUAAAUAGUGUGGAAUGGCUUUCACAGAGUAUUUAUCUGGUUAAAUAUCAGAGCAUUGUUAAAAGGAAGAGAGGGCUUUAGCCAGAGAGAUUGGUCUGCAGGGGAGAGUUGCAGGAGGAUAAAGAUUUUAGAAUGUGAAAGUAGGGUUAGAUAGUUAACUGGGGGUUUGGCUGUCUCUUCUCUGGAUUUACUUGGGGAGACUGGCUGCCUGUCCUGUGGUUGCUGAUCUCCCCUGAUGACUCAUUCUACCUGCUUCAUUGUUGUUGUUUGCUGUGUUUCCUUAUGAUUCUGGAACAUCUGACUAUCUGACUAUAAGACCAGGUCUGGGUUCCUUUUGGAUCCAUGACCUUUCCUUGGGCCCUGCCAAACUGUCAUAGACCACUGCCUCUAAUACCACCUAAGGGGGUAGGGGAAGUUAGUGCAGAUUUAGGUAGAGCAGGGACUGGAUUUUCUUUAGGUCGGAGAGGUGAGGUCUAGUGUAUAUCAAACUGAAUUCUCCUUGUGAAGGGACAAUUAGAUAUGGGAAGUUUUCAUUAGUUGACAUUAGUAUUAAUGUCAGCCUAAUUCCUCUAUCUUUUCCUCUUAAAAUAAACACAACUCGGGGCAGCCAGGUAGCUCAGUGAAUUGAGAGCUAGGCCUAGAGACGGGAGGUCCUAUGUUCAAAUCUGAUCUCAGACAAUUCCCAGCUGUGUGACCCUGGGCAAGUCACUUGACCCCCAUUGCCUACCCUUACCACUCUUCUGCCUUGGAGCCAAUACACAAUAUUGACUCUAAGACAGAAAGUAAGGGUUUUCAAAAAAAAAUUUUUUUUAAAUAAACAACUUCUCUGUGACUAUGUGGUCUGUGUGUAUUGGUCUCAGACCAGACUUUGCCUGGACUGGGUUUCUAUUGGCCUUCCCAAACCACAGUUAACAUCCUGAUACUGGCCCAAUUCCAUCCAUCAGAUCCCAUCCCCAAUACCACCCUAAUGCAGUUUUGGGGAGCCAGGUAGGAGAGGACGACCUGGUGAAAAGCUGAGAUUUCAUUAGUCAAAUUGAGUGUAUAGGAAAAAAGUUCAGUAAUGAGUGGACUAUUCCUGUGGAAGAGGAGAAUCCAGAGAAAAAAGAGGAAAGUGUUUGUAUCUGAUAAGUAGAUAGAAACUUUAAAGAAUUUUCAGUGAAAAGGAUCAAGUGAUUGAUCCAGAAAUGUGUGUAUGAAUUUUUUUGUGUAAUGUUACCUUGCAUAUUUUUAUAUAAGAAUGCAAUCAACAAACAGUGCAUAUUACUGCCAUGGGCUUUGGAGAAGAGAUUUCUUCAGACAAGAUGAGAAGAUGGACAAUCUGAUGUUUUGAUAGAUAUGUUGCAUACAACAGAAACAUAACAUAACACAACAUAAACACAAACAUAAAAAUGGUUAGGAUACAUUGAUUCAAGUAAUGAAUCAAUGAAUAGUUACUUGUUAUAGGAUUUAGUUAUAUAUGAGAGUCUGUGUACAUAAAUGGAUACUAUUUAGAUUUUAGAAUAGUAGUAGCCUAGGUAGAUGGGUUAGUUUUUAGGAGAUUUCAUAAAGAUAGGAUGUCAGAGUUCAGAUGUUCUGUUUUGAUGAUAUUAGGAAACAUAUAUUGAUGUAGUUAGAGUAGAGGUAAGGGUUGAUAAGGUAGGGUAGCAUAUUACAUUAAAACAUUAGAACAUGUAUUAUGUAUUAGACUUUCCUCACGUGUAAAUAGGAUAUGUAAAUAUCAUGGGGUUGACAAAAUUGUAUUAUAGUGUAUGUACACGUGUAUUUAAAUGUAGGUAUACAUGUAACAUUUGUAAAUAUGGCAUGAUUAUAUAUGUAGCACAUGCAUAUGUUGUAUAUAUUUUCUGUACAUAUGUAGAAAUUGUGUAUGUAGUUAAUAUUUGAUACUGAUUAAGUUCUUUAGAUAGGAUAGUUAGAUGCACAGUUCUAUGUAACAGUUUCAGUUUUGUGUAAUAAUGUUAAUUUAGAAUAAGAUUGUUUUGAAUUUUCACCUAUUUUUAAAUGUAUUUUGCAUAAGUAAGUUUUGAUGACUUGGUUUGACAUUUUUGUAAAGCUUAUACAAUGUUGUGUUUAUUGUACUUUUCUAUUUUGCUGUUUUCUGUUUUAUGCAUAAUAGUUUUGAUAGGAUUCUUUUCUGUAUUAGUUUAUAAGAAUAGUAUUUUUAUGACUAUUGUUUUGAAUGAAGUUUUGUGUUUGUAUUUCUAUUUUGAUGUUUUCUUGCUUGUUUUGCUUUUGCAUAUGAUUGCUUUGUAUUUUGAACUUUGUAACUGUUCAUUGUAUAUUGUUUCCCUUUUCCUUUCCUAUGUAUGAAUCCCUCGAGUAAGGUAGUAUUAGAUAGGAUAAGAUAAGUGAGUGUAGGCUGCUUAUUAUUUUGGGUAAGAUUUUUAGUUUAGGUGGGAUAUAUGUUUGUUGAUGCACAAAUGCAAAAACAUAGUUUUCAAUACUAUUUUGCCUUUGUGCAAAGGGGGAACUGUUUUAAGGAAGAGAGGGUUUUAGCAAGAGUGUUUGGCCUGUAGGGGAGACUUGCAGGAGGAUAAAUAUUCUGGAAUGUGAAAGUAGGGGUUAGACGAUUAACUUGGGUUUGGCUGUCUUUUCUCUGGAUUUACUUGGGGAGACUGACUGCCUGUCCUGUGGUUGCUGAUCUACCCUGAUGCCUCUUCCUACCUGCUGCCUUGCUGUUGUCUGCUGUGUUUCCUUGUGAUUCUGGAACAUCUGGCUAUCUGACUGUUAAGACCAGGGCUGGGUUCCUUUUGGAUCCAUGACCUUUCCUUGGACCCUGCCAAACUGUCAUAGAACACUACCUCUAAUACCACCUAAGGGUGUGGGGGAAGUUAGUGCAGACUUAGGUAGAGCAGGGACUGAGUUUUCUUUAGGUCAGAGAGGUGAGGGUUAGUGUAGAUCAAAUUCUCUGAAGACUCCCUGUGAAGGUACAAUUAGAUCUGGGAAAUUUUCAUUAGUUUAUAUUAGUAUUAAUAUCAUCCUAAUUCUUAGUUAGCCUUGGGAGACUCUGCAUUGGUGAGUUGAACUGAAGGAGGACACUCCCUGAACCCUGUGUUGGCUUGCUGGGUAAGUAGCUGGCCUACCUUUCCUGGCUUCUGGAGAGAUUGGUUCUGAAGAGGCCUUCCUUUCCUGGAGGAGGCUUCAUUGGUGGAACCCUUGCUGAAGACAACACUGGGUCCUCUGACUGAAACCCUGCUGGAGCUAAGCCGGACAUAGGAGCAACACUUGGGGUGAUAGGCUCGACAUUUCUCUACCCUCUUCUUACAUUUUUCCACUUUCACUCUUUCCACCUCUUUGUAAAUAAAGCUACUAAAAUUA